ACGCAGUCUCAACACCAACUUUCACUUGCUUCAUCCUUAAAAUUCCUCUCGUUGCGUCGAAAUGUCUGCUAUUCGUGCUAUUCGUCAACUCACUGCUUCUUCAAGCCGGGUGUUGGCUGCUCGCAGCGUUUCUCGUGUAGUUCCAAGGGCUACCAUCCCUGCUCUUCGUUCAGCAAUUGUUCCGGCGAGAGCUUUCUCAGUUUCGGCAAGGCGAUUCGGAGAGGGUGCUUCUGACGUUGCUUUGGCUCAAAAACUCGCUGAGGAGCUCCAAUAUGAAAAGGAGGCUGAAGUUGACGCCGAGCCAGACUUCUUGAAAGCGUUCAAGGCUCAAAACAUCUGGCAGCUUGAGGAUAUUGCUGGAAAUGACGAGGUUACGUUGACUAGGAAGUUCGGCAACGAAAACAUUCGCUUGAUGUUCUCUAUUGCUGACAUCCAACAGGAGAGUGAGUUCGAAGGUGAGGAGGAAACUGAAGAGGAGGCUAGCACCUCCUACCCCAUUCGCUGCUCCUUCUCGAUCACCAAGGAUAGCGCUCCUGGUGCACUCACUAUUGAUGCAAUCUGCCAAGAUGGCUCCUUUAUUGUCGACAACUGCUCAUAUUACAAUGACAAGAGGGUUGGUACUGAGUUGACCGCCGAUGCCGACUGGAAGCGCCGUGGACUUUACAUUGGUCCUCAGUUCGACACACUCGAUAUCACCGUCCAGGAGGAAUUUGAGAAGUUCAUCCAGGAGCGUGGUAUCAAUGAGAGUCUUGCCCUAUUCGUGCCUGAGUACGCUGAGCACAAAGAACAGAAGGAGUAUAUCGAGUGGCUGGCGAACGUCAAGAAAUUCAUUGAGGCUUAAUUGCGUACCGUACAACUCCAGCUUACUCCCUACUCAACCUGCUCUAUAAAAGUUGCAUAAGCGACUCUCAUCUACGAUAAGACUCGCGUGUUCUUGUGAAUAUAUUAAUGGCGUCCUUCCAGAGCGUACAUUGCUAUUGAAAUUCUCUAGCACCCUUUU